AUGACUAUUUCGAUUUCCCCUCUUCAAUCAAUAACGGAAGAGGACCUCAUAUCAUUCGCUGAGAAGCAUGUAGGCGAUUUUAAAUAUAAUGGAAUUGUUUCGGUUGAUCUUGAAACAGGUUCUCAAGGAAUUUCAAUUGGUUAUUUAAACUUCAUCGAUGAAAAAUACUGCAAGCAUGCAUUCGAUAAAAUACGUGAUAGAAAGAUUAAAGGGCAAUUACCAGAUUAUAGUAUUUGUCAAAAUCCAAUAUUAAAUGUCGGAAUUCUUGCGGGUCCAGAUAUGAAUAUCGAUCAAAAUAAUAACCAAAAUGGUGAAAUACAAAACUCUGAUUCCAAAUUGAAUAAAAGAGAUCAUGAAAAGAGAUCCUCUUAUCGUUCUUCGGAUGGAUCAAGACGACAUCAUCAUAGACAUCAUAGGCAUCAUAGAAGACAUCACCACAGACAUACAAAAGAUUCUUAUUCUUCUGAUUCUGGUUCACAACCAAGUUCAGAUUCAGAAUCUGACUAUUACUCAGAGCAAUCUGAUUCAAGAAAGUCUAAUGAAAAUUCUC